AAAGUGCAUUGCUAACCCUUGAAAAAGAAAAAAAAUUGGAUGUUUGAAUUAACAAAACAUACGAAAUAGAAAAGUAUUUUGAUAAAGUGAUAUUUGUUACUUAAGUAGUUAAAUUGUAAAACUGCAGAAUGAACCCUAUCGUUAAUUACGACGACGAUCAUCACUCUGAGGAUGAGAGUGUGCAACAGAACGACCACCAGAAUAUGAACAUGAACCAGAACGCCCCACACCAAGAGGCACCGAAUGGUGGGACGGCAGGGGUCCCCCAAAUCGACCAUGUGAUGAUGAUGCAGCUCCUACAACAAGUUUUGAUCAUGAAUCAAAAUGCCUUAGCGCACAUUCGACAACUGGAACCGAGGAUCACGCUCGAGAGACUGAAGAAAAACGGCGCUGAAGAAUUCCUAGGCGAGAACAUCGCCGAUCCAUUGAUUGCGUUUAGAUGGAUAGAGCGUGAACGACGCGUAUUCAAGAAUUUGAAGGUUCCAGCUAGCGAAUGGGCCGAUUUCGCGGUCAUGCUUCUACAGGGUAAUGCGUACGAGUGGUGGAAGCGCACUACUCGAAAUGCGAAUCAUCCCGCGAAAGUGACGUGGGCGUACUUCGAACAAGUGUUCAGAGAGGAGUAUAUUCCCGAGUCGUUUGUGGAAGAGAAACGAGAGGAGUUUCUACAUCUGGAGAUGGGUACGAUGAGUCUUCCUGAGUAUCGCCAGCUAUUCGAUCAUCUCGCUGAGUUUGGCCAGGAUUUGGUGAACACCACCAAACGUCGUUGCGAUAAGUUCGUGAAGGGCAUGCGCCCGAAUUGCCAUGGUAUAUUAAACCACAUUCAUGAUGUCUAUUUUAUUCCAAAAUUGGCAUAUAAUCUAUUGAGUGUGGGGCAAUUGAUGAGCACUGGAUAUAUGGUAUUCUUCGAAGAUAACUCCUGUGUCAUCAAAGAAAAGAAAUCUGGGCAAAUCAUUGCAAAGGUUUGCAUGACACGGAAUAAGAUGUUUCCGCUGCGAAUUUCAAGUGUAGAUAAAUACGCUCUUGUUUCCGGCACACAAGAGGCGUCGAAGCUGUCGCAUCAAUGAUAUGGACAUCUCAACGCCAAUGGGUUAAAGCUUCUACGUGAGAAAGGUAUGGUUCUAGGGCUGCCUAAAAUUGAUACUUUUGAUUUAUGUGAGGGAUGUAUUUAUGGGAAACAAACGAGGAAAUCGUUU